GGAUUACUGUUACACAUUACUAGACUCCAUUGGAAUGUUUGGCUUAGUUGUCAUGGUACCCAGGAAGUAUGAAUUAUCCAAUGAGCUCUCUUUCUUUUGUACAUGGAGCGUCAUAUUUCUUUUUUGAACGUUGAUUUACUCAAUUCAAUAUGGCUUCUACGUCUUCAUAUUUACAAACUGAGUAUCAUUUUUAAAGGGCUUCAAACGACAUGAUACGUGGUUUUGUAUGAUCAUGCCUUCUAAUUGAAGUUCGAAUGUUUACAAUAGUUUUGAUUGAUUUCUCGAUUGGCAAGAGUGCUGCAUGAUGCAUGUGUCAAAGAUGACUUCCACUCGUUGGAUGUUGAUUACCUUCGUACAAUUGAACUUUUUCGUGUCGUGGCAAGUUACUUCUGCAAAAUCAUUCCCUGAUAUGGAAAGUUUAGCAGAUUAUUCACCGAUUAAUAGCAGCACGACAUGUGGGACACCAGCGAUCAAAGUUUGUCGAUCGUCGAUACAAUCWAGUUCACUAGACGUUUGCACGGAAGACACUUGCAAAUUUGCCUGCUGCGAUUCUUGUAGCAGUUCCAAACCUAGUUCAACUGAUCUGGGUAAAGUUMAACCUAGCACCGUAGUAGGAAUUACAAAUGGGCCACCAAGACCAGGAUCUKCAGAACAAUCGUUUAGUUUYGMUUCCUCGUCUGACUCUCRUAUGGAUCCCCUCAAUCUUGGACCUUCCAUAGAUUACAAGAAAUUAGGUUUYACAAUUAGUGUGUGGAUCAAGCAAAAAGAUGGCAACAAAGGCACAUUAUUCUCUAAGACUUUAACUGAUAGCACAUACAAAGUUAUCUAUCAUCUGGAGAUCGAGAAUUACAAGAUUUGGUUCCAUUACCAGUAUGAACCACWAGGCAAUACAUCAACAAUUCARCUUGUUCCUCUSCAAAGCCAGAGUCAGCAUCUCAAACCCAAUGAGUGGCAUUUGAUUACAGUGACUGYMGUUAGUAAAUACYUGUCGUACUUUAUUGAUGGGAARUUUAUUAAAGCUGCAUCACUUAAAGCUGCAAUAAAGGAUCCUAGCGGGCGGGUACGCAUUGGGCAAAGAUAUGGAGGCUCAAGUCAAUAUGAAGGUCUAAUGCAAGACAUAUUKUUGUACAACAUUGCAUUAACAAACAGAGAAGUCACAGAAGCUUUCACAGGAGUUCUUCCCAAAGUGUACAUUGCAAGUCAGUGUCGCUGUCCACCAGACUACCCCAAAGUAAUGGAGUCAAAACCUGCUAAAUGURCAAGRAAUUUAGACAAUUCUGUUGGUGAAGARAAAUUGCGUUUAGCUGACACAGCACAUCCUAUUGAACUAGCAACAGAUGGAGAUACUACAACRUACUGGCAGUCUACACUGACCAACACAGCAACUAUAUAUCUUGAUUUAAGAUAUGGAGUAAUGCAGAUUUUUUAUAUAAUCCUCGAAUUUUAUGGUCCUCAACCAUCAGCCAUAAAAAUYGAAAGGUCACAUGACAAUGGUCUUACCUAUAUGCCCUGGCAGUACUUUGCAGAAGAUUGUGUCAAAUCCUUUAACAUGGCCAACAAUGGUCCUUUACCACAACCAGAUUCAGUCAACUGCUUGCAAUAUGACUUGCCCCUGAAGUCUUCAUUGGCCACCAUUUCAUUCAAGACAGAGAAGGCUCCACCUCAAGGGUCUUCUAUUCCUCCACGACCAUUUGGUUCUCCUUGCAGCAACUUCUACUGCUCUGAAAAACUUCUUGCRUUUGUGAARGCUAGCCAUGUMAAGUUCUCAUUUUUCAACCAUACACUGGUUAAAAAYGAUAAACAUAAGUACUUUGGUUUGAACAGAAUUGUUGUAGCUGGAAGAUGCGAAUGCUUUGGUCAUGCAAAGACUGCUACUUAUAUUAGCAGUAAUGCAACACAUAGUGGCAAGUGUGUUUGCCAGUGUGAUGCGUCAACCUUUACUGAAGGAGAAAAGUGUGAUCGCUGCUUGCSGCUAUACAACAAGAAACCCUUCCAGCGUGGUAACCUAGCCAACACCUACCCAUGCAUCAAGUGCGAAUGCAACCAACAUGCAACAAGCUGUCAUUAUAACAAGACACUAGACCCCUCCCCAAGCUCAAGAUCCCAAGGGGGUGGAGGUGUAUGCAAUGAUUGCCAACAUAAUACAACYGGUCGAUAUUGCCACACAUGUAAAGAAACGUUUUACAGAGAAAGUGGCAAAAGCUUGAGUGCAGUCGAUGUUUGCAGCUCUUGUGCAUGUACAGGACCUGGUGUAAUUCCCAACAAGCUAGAUUGCGUUAAGGAUGAUACCAAACCUGGUGUAACUGCAGGUCAGUGCGAAUGCAAACAGUACACUCAAGGACGACAGUGCAACCAAUGUAAACCAGGCUACUUCGAUUUAAAGUCUUCCCACGYGACAGGUUGCGUUACAUGUGGAUGUAAUACAGCAGGAACGAUCAGUGGCAACACAUCAUGUCACGCAAUAACGGGUCAGUGUCACUGCAAGAGUAAAGUCAUGGGAGUCAAAUGCGGUACUUGCCGUCCUGGCUUUUAUGGCUUGAACACCUUAGAGGUUGCGGGAUGUAAAGCCUGUGGCUGCGACCCAUUUGGCUCAUUGAACACAACUGUCUGUAAUGUUAUAUCUGGCAAUUGUCAAUGUAAAAAGGGCUCAACUGGUCGACGAUGUGAUAAAUGUGAUGAUGGCUACCACAGCCUUGAUGCUAAUGGUUGCAARRCAUGUAAUUGUUCUAAAGAAGGGAGUACAUUAGUCAAUARAUGCAASMUUAAURAUGGCCAGUGUUACUGCAAACCCUACACAGAAGGUCUGCGGUGUGAUCGUUGUAAAUCUGGAUACUUCAAUAUCUCAGCGUCUAAUCCUGAUGGGUGUGUYAUAUGUACAUGUGAYCCSAAAGGMACUGUUGGWAAGUCACUUCAGUGYGAGGUGCAAUCUGGGAAUUGUACUUGUAAACGUUACGUCAUUGGUAAAAACUGCAAUCAGUGCCAGGUCGGAACGUACAACCUGAGCCAGAGCAAUCCUGAAGGAUGUCAGCGCUGUGAUUGCAAUGCUAAAGGGACACAGAAUCCUUCUCCACCAAAUGUUCUUGGAUGUAGCAGUAAUGGGCAGUGCGCAUGCUUGAGCAAUGUCGAUGGGAAAAAGUGCGACGCCUGUGCCUCAGCAUACUUCUGGAACCCAUCAGGGAAAGGGUGUGUUGCUUGUAACUGUCACCCGACUGGAGCUGCCAGUAGGAAUUGCAACAUGACUUCAGGGCAAUGUCAGUGUAACCCUAAUAUUGGAGGGCUGAGAUGUGAUAGAUGUUUACCUGGAAAUUAUGGCUUUAGCUCUGGAAAUUGUCAGCCCUGUGGUUGUAAUCUUGCGGGAGUCAAAGAAAAUAUCUGUGAUGAUACGGGCAAAUGUACGAGCUGCAAAGUGAACGUGGAGGGAGACAAGUGCCAAACCUGCAAAACAGGGACACAGAAUCUGCAAGGCAACAACUCAUAUGGGUGCUCUGGAGCUUCGCGAGCCUUAGCAGUUACAUGGAACAACCCAGACAAUCCUAAUGGAGUAAUUAUACGAUUUGAACUUUACCGUAAUGAUUCAUUGGUGUAUACUGGACUUGAAAGAGCUUUUAAUGACACGGGGCUAACACCAAACACAGUAUACUAUUAUUACAUAAAAGUUUACACAGAAAAGGGUCAUACUCGUAGCUACAAUGACAACAAGUUUUACAAAACACCCGAAGACGCACCACARCAAAUUGMAGCUCCCAGYAUAAMGGACAUAAAGGCUCGGUCAGCUAAAKCUUCAUGGACCAAACCAAAUAUUACAAAUGGACAAAUCACACAGUACCGACUUGUCUCCGUAAAUAGUCGAAGYUCAUCCRAAGUAGAGCAUUGUCGUGGAAUGAUAUUGAGUUGCGAUUUGACUAAGUUGAUUCCUUUCACGACGUACAAUUUCACUGUURUUGCAUGUAAUAAUGGUGGUUGCGGUCGAAGCCAGCCGAAGAUCGUUACAACUCGUGAAACAGCGCCAGAUUUCCAACCAAUGCCUAACAUCACGCUUGUUCCUGGUGGAGAAACGGUCAUUGUAACUUGGGAUCCACCRCCGGUUCCUAAUGGCAACGUAUUCCGAUAUGAAGCGUAUAUGCGUGCCUCUCCAUUCAGUGGUCCUGGUAUCGCUCUCGUACCAAAUAGUCCUGUAGAUGUGCGUAACAUGACUGCGUCAGGUCUKGUUCCAUUCACUGAGUACGAGUUCCGUGURGCUGCGUACGUAGCUGAGGUGAAUGGUGUUACUAGUAGUCAAUGGAGAAGAAUAAGAACAGCUGAGGGAGUUCCYUCUGGAGAGUCUGCCAUUCAACCACAGGCUAGUCCAGUGAGCAGCACAUCUAUUAGAGUCACGUGGAACCCUCCGAGCUCACCCAAAGGAGUGAUUAWAAGAUACAUUGUGAAGGUUAUCCAACCUGAAAGAAGRAUUGAGACUAACGGGACUGAURGAUCACUUGWUGUUAKCGGCUUCGAGCCAUAUAAAACCUACAGUUUCACUGUUACUGCGUGUAAUAGUUAUCAAUGUACUGGCGAAAGUGCACGUACCUCCAACACAAGAACUCUAGCAGCUGCUCCAAUUGGACAGGGCCCUCCAAAAGUAAUUAAGGUCAGUUCUCAUUCAGUGUCAUUAAACUGGAGCCAUCCUAAAGUUCCUAACGGUCCUCUGCCUCCUUCAUACAAUGUAACGCGUGCACCGGCCGCUUUCAACGAGCCUCCACAGGAAGUCACACAGGGAGCCCACUUCCCUGGUCUUGGGUACUACAAGUUUUCCUCUGAUGUUGUCACACAAGGAGACCGUAACGAUAUCGAAUUAUCUUUCCGAACUCAACAUCCAAAUGGUCUCAUUCUUUUCAUGGUCUCUGAAAACUCACAGGAGGAUUUGUUUGCUGUUGAGCUUCGUAAUGGAAAACCCUGGUUUGUGUUUGAUUGUCAGUCAGGACCAGCAGCCUUCACUGUCAAUGGUAAUGUACGAUUUGAUGACAAUAAAUGGCAUGAUGUUAAACUAACCCGGCGUAGUACUUCUGGUACAAUAAGUGUUGAUGGCCAGUACUCAGGGAGUGGUAAUAGUGUCUCGGGAUCGGCUGUCAUUGGUGGAUAUCCAUCGGUUUACAUAGGAGGCUUACCCAACGGGUUCAACUACAAGAGAACUGAUUCUGGAGACGCUGCUUUGAAUAGACUAUACUUCAUUGGUUGUCUGAAAAAUAUCAAAUCAGGAAAUACAAUUAUUCAGUGGAAAAAUGCAAUAGAAAAAUCAGGCGUCGAAGAUGAUACGAAAGGAUGCCCGGUGAGAACAAAUAGCCCAGGUGUUUUACUACUUGGCGGUGGCUACAUCGCAUUUAGAGCAGAUCUGUUCAAAGGAGGCACAAUUUUUGCUUUUCAGAUCACUUUUCGCACUCAAAUCAAAUCCGGAUUACUGUUAUUUGCAUAUGGACCGUCUGCACACAUCGGUUUGUUCUUAACGAAUGGAAAAAUAACUCUUAAACUGAAAGGCACUUCCAACACCACGACUCAAGAAGUCCAAAGCAACAAUUUGUGUGAUGGUAGCUGGAAUAAAGUUGAACUGGCUUCGGCUCGUAAAGUAUUUGUGAUCUCUGUUAAUGGUAAAGCUGACACCCAACCAGGCAUAAGCGGCCUAACUUUCCAGUCGAAACURUACAUCGGUGGAAUACCUUUGGAAGACAACCAAGCCGUACAGAAAGUCAAGGAAGCUGGUAUUGACCACGACUCGACAUUUAGCGGUUGUGUGAGGAAUCUGCAAACAUCAAAUCCAUUUGUUAUUAGCCGUGACGUUAUUGAGAUGAAAAAUGCGGACUUGGAUGGAUGUGUUACCAACGCAGCGAUAAAUGCAUCUUUGCAAAGAGGCACAUGCUUAGACUUUGGCGGAAAAACACUUGUGACACAGACCUCUUUACAGUUUACUGAUUCAACAGUCGCUCCAUUUUAUAACUAUCUUUUUCGUGUGUCAAGCUUUCACCCUGGUGUGGUUGGAUCAUCCGCAAGUUCUUGGAUAUAUUCAACAAGUGGUCCAGGAGCCCCCAGYGGGAUCUCGGCUCCAGCGAGUGUGACUCCUUUUCAACGUUCUGCAAGAGUGACGUGGACUCGUCCUGCACGAUCCAAUGGCUUAAUAACUUUCUAUGAAAUCAUAGCSAUUGAUUCUUCAAAUAACAAGGUCGUUCAGAAGGUCACUGAUGUAGAGUUGUUUAACGCAACAAUUACUGGUCUAACUCCGUAUACACAGUAUGCAUUUCARAUAGCAGCAUUCACAGCGGGAGGUAAUGGUACUGGACCGUCGGUCAAUGAAACUACUUUGCAAGCAGCUCCAGAAGGGGUGCCUGUUCCCACCGCCAUUCGCCAUCCGACAAUGCUGGAGCUUACUUGGUCUACGCCUUCUAGUCCAAACGGGAUCAUCACGAGAUAUAACCUUACUGUGGAUAAUGUACUAAGAUACACAGGUCUUGAACGGCGUUUCAAUCUAACYGGGCUGGAGGUCUACCAACCGUACCUUAUUCAGCUGACUGCAUGUACUAUUGAGGGAUGCGCAAAAAGUCCUCAAACUACCAUUCGUACAGGAGAGCUUCCCCCAGAAGGACUCUCCGUCCCKACUUUGUAUGUUUUAAGUAACGACUCCAUGCGCGUGGAAUGGAAUCAGCCUSUAAAGCCAAAUGGUGUAAUCACAAGAUACGARAUUCAUAUAUCUCUCACUAAGCCUCUGGGACCUGGUUAUAAAGUAGUUUACAAUGGCUCGAGAAGCGAUCUUAGUGCAACCAUAACUGGUUUGGUAACAGGGACUUUAUACUAUGUCAGGAUUAAAGCCUUUUCUGGAGGCGGUGGGRCAUUCAGUAAUGCGAGCUCCGCAAGAACUGUUUCUGGCAUUCCAAGCGAUAUACCAGCCCCUAAAAUGACUGCAAUUUCUCCCUAUGCUAUUUUUGUCCAGAUUCUACCUCCAGGAAAACCUAAUGGUAUAAUAACACGCUACGAACUUUACCAAGAUAAACUGAAAUCACCAGUUCUAAAUGUGAGUGCACUAAGCAAUUACACCGCUGAUAACCUUAAAGUUUAUAGCCUGCACACAUUUUACGUAAGGGCCUGUACCUUUAAGGGUUGUAACCCUAGUGAACUUGCACGUGGUUAUAGCGGUGAACUCCCUCCUAAUGGCACGAUCCAACUCAAGGCAACCAUCAUAAGUGCAAGACAAGUAGAGGUCAUGUGGAACGCGCUUGCAAUGCCCAAUGGGAACGUUUCUUAUUAUUUGGUGAUACAAGGGCGAUUUAUCAUCCAUGGAUCUGCUGUAAUGGCUACCGAGGUGCGAAGUGAACGUGUUUUGGGUGAACCUGACAAAAAAUGGAUUUACAGCAGAUUGUUACCGGAUAGUAGCUAUCAGUUCUUGGUUAAUGCUACUAACAGCAGAGGGUUUAUUGAGAGCAACACAAUAUCUGGUAAAACUCCAGAGGCUGCCCCAGAUGGUAUAAGUCCGCCAAAAGCAACAGUUCUCAGCUCAACAUCAAUCAAUGUGACCUGGGUACCACCUUUCCUCCCUAAUGGGGUGUUGCUUGGUUACACCUUGCACCAGAAGACAGACAAAAACACGACUGUGUUAUACAAUGGCAAUAAAUUAUCAUACCUUGUUACUGGAUUGGAACCAUUUACUCAAUAUCAUUUCAGGGUUUCGGCAAGAACUGCCGCCGGAACCGGAAAUGGAAACUGGACUUUUGUUGUAACACUCGAAGAUGUCCCUGCUGGGCAGCUAGACGCACCACGUUUAAGUCCUGAGUCAGAAGCCAUGGAUCUUGACUGGAACCCUCCAACCAAACCAAAUGGCAUCAUUGUACAGUAUGUGAUUUAUAUGAAUGGAAGUAUGUUGCUGAAUGUAACAGGGAAUGUUACAAAGUUGCGAGUACCCAAUCUUAWGCCAUUUACCAUGUACACGUUUUCCAUUGCUGCUUGUACAAGUGUUGGCUGUAAGCAAAGCGACUAUUCUGAACCAAGAAGGACUUUAGAAUCAGUUCCGUCGGGGCUCAAUAAACCCGUGGUUAGAGCAUUGUUACCAAGAUCAGUUGAAAUAAGUUGGGAUGUUCCUGAUGUAACCAAUGGUAUCAUUCAGUCAUACUCGAUAUUCCGCCGUACAACAGGACAGCAGACGCCAGUCAAGAUAGCCUCGGUCAWUGCCUCAAGUGCACGUGUUUACGUCGAUACAACUGUCCAGCCAUUCACGUUCUACGAGUUUAGGGUUGUUGCUUACAAUAAAGCUGGUGGUGGCACACCCAGUGAAUACUCUAAUGUUACGACUGGAGARGGAGAUCCUGAAAACAUCAAAGCUCCAGUUGUAACAGCAAAUAGUUCGUCUUCACUUCUCGUUGAGUGGAGUGCGCCAGGUACUCCUAAUGGCCACGUCAUCAACUACUAUGUUCGAGUAUUGCAGACUGGGGCCAACUACUCCAUGAAUAGCUCAAGUGUGUUUCAGUUUACUGUUACUGGACUGAAGCCUUUUAUUGUCUACAGCAUUGUGAUUCGUGCUUGUACGAUUGGUGAUUGUGGCGAAAGUCCACCGACAAACASACGAACCCUUACCGAGAAGCCGUCUGGUCAACCCGCUCCGACAGGUCAACCCUUAUCGUCAACGUCUUUACGUGUUUCAUGGGAUCCACCGACARACGCGAACAGCCCUAUUCAGCGAUAUGAAUUGUACAGAAAAACAAUCGAGGAACCUGUCAAUGUGAACUUUACUAUGCCACUUGAUUUUACCCKGGUUUACUCAGRAAUUGMUCGUACGUAUGAUGACACAGGRCUCGCCAUCUUUUCUCUGCAAAGAUAUAAGGUUACCGUAAUCACAUCAACUGGCAGUGCCACUAGCCCAACCGCUGACCACCGCACAGGUCCAGCUCCUCCAUUGGCCGGACCAACGGUCAAUGCAUCAGCUGUCAAUCACACUACAGUGAUAGUAUCAUGGUCUCCACCAGACAUUACACUUCUUCGAGGAUCCGUGGAGACAUACACCGUUUAUUAUGAGCAAAUCAUCAGUUCGGUUAAUAGUGCAGUUCACCGAUAUGCCUCRGUUCCAGGCAACCAGAAAAGUUUYGCCGUGACGAGACUGAUUCCAAGUACAAAUUACCRUUUCUGGGUAAAUAUUAGAGAAGAGGUAACAUUGRACAAUAAAGCUGGAAAUGCUACUAGCCAACGGGUACUGGAGCGAACUAUGGAUGGAGUUCCUGAGGGCUUUGAGAAGCCAGSUCUCUUUGAUAYAAGUAGCACAGAAAUACGAGUCAGCUGGAAGCCUCCAACUACACCAAAUGGCAAAAUAGUCAUCUACAAGAUUUAUGCGAACGGCAUGAAUGCGGCAAACGCAUCUGCGAGUUCAUCACAAGUAAUAUUAAGCGGGCUUACACCAUACACGGUGUAUAACAUACUGGUGGAAGUUUGUACAGUUUAUGCUUGUACUAAGAGUCCUGUGGCAUCACAACGAACCCUUCCAGCAGCUCCAGAGGGUCUUGCUGCGCCACAAUUAAMUCCAGGACCAAACUACAUUAUUGUGAACUGGGAGCCACCAUCUCGUCCUAAUGGUGUAAUGGCGCAGUAUAAACUAUUCAGGCGCAAGAUUUCUGUUUGCCCUACAUCUCCCCCACCAGUAACUAAAUGUACCUACAUUGAGUGUGGUAUCGCACAGGAACUGUGUGGCAGCACAUGUUUUGACCCCAACAAUAAGAUUUGUUGCAAUGGGGUUCUCCACCAACGAGAUCGAAAUAACCCGAAGAAGCAAUGCUGUGGAAGUGCUUACGUAACAAUGAACAAUCCCGAUGACGUGUGCUGCGGCAAUAAAUACCAUAUAAAGCAAAAUGACUUYCAAUGUUGUUAUGGCAACUACAUGCGGGUGCCCUCUGGUAGCGUGUGCUGUCAGCGGUCUGAUGGCGGUGCUCUAGUUGGCUUUGGUGAYUCGUGCUGUGGUGACGUACCUUAUUUUAUCAAUGGGUCUAAGGUCUGUCUCUGUGAUGGUCUAUAUGGAAGAACCCCUGCUAGACAGUGUUGUGGUGGAAAGGUGGCUGCCAGCGCYCAAAUCUGUUGCGGAGAUAAGCAAACAGGAAAAGCGUAUGAUGUGGAUGCCAGCAAAACCUGCUGCGGUACUCACUACGUGWCRAAUGAAACCUCCCUUUGCUGCAAAGGACCUCUGAAUGCCAUUAAGGUCUAUAAUUACAGUAGCAGCGCUGAGAAAAACAACAAACCAGAGAAUUGUUGCAGUACAAACAAGAUCCCAUCUGGUAUGUCUUGCUGUAACACGAAACCCUACAAUAGCUCACAUCAAGUCUGUGCAGAUCGGCCUGACAAAGGAGACACCGACUGUGGAACAGGAGUAGUUUGUGCAAARUCUCAGGAAAGUUCAGCAAAGUGCAAUCGUUGUAACUUUUCGUCCAGUGUCAAKAUCUGUGGAACCGUUAAAGGUUACUUCAARCCCACGUCAGUUCCAACUACACCCAAAGUAUGUGCGUCCGACUUCCAGGAGGUCAUUAUGAAUAUUAAMGAUCCGAACAUCCGUACGUUUAAAGAUACAAACCUCUUGCCUCAUACCGUGUACGAAUAUUACUUAGUAGGUAUGAAUGGUGAGGGCARCACCACAAGUCCAAAUGCACGGAACAAGACCCUAAUGGCUAGUCCGGAAGGUUUGGACCCACCUGUCGCUACAGCCAUCUCGGCGUCAGCAAUUCGGGUCACGUGGAAAGCGCCUCUYGUUUCGAAUGGAAUUCUUAAGGAAUAUAAGCUGACACGUAUAAAUCAGCAAACUAGCAAACGAACUUUGGUUUACACUGGGCUAGAGCUUGCUUUUAUUGAUAGCACUGGACUGCAGCCUUUCACUGGGUAUAUCUAUGAGCUUCAAGCUUGUACUACAGAGUGUGCCACUGCUCUAUCAACUGUUAUUGUGUACACCGACGAAGCUGCGCCAUCUGUAGUUAGUCCACCCACCCUUAUACCGAUAUCAUCAACCARCAUCAACGUCACGUGGUCUCUUCCUCCUAAGCCUAACGGAAGGAUCAUUCAGUAUAACAUUAGUCAAGUUAUUAACACCACUUAUAAAGUACGCCUGAAUCCAAACGAUAAGGGACUCACCAUGUUUCUUGUUGUWCAAAAUUUAAUACCUUACACAAAUUACACCUUCCAAGUGGCAGCUUGCACCGUAAUUGGUUGUAAAGACGGUCCACCUGCCUCGGUGUUGACGCUAGAAGCACCACCACAGGGAGUUAGAGCUCCCGUUUUAGUUGCAACAGGAGCACGAGCGGUCGAAGCGAGUUGGUUUGAGCCGGAUGUUCCCAAUGGGAUCAUUUCCAAUUACUCAUUGUACAGAAACGGAACUGUUGUAUAUAAUGGCACUGAUGUUUGUUCUAAGACAGUUCAAAAUAAAAUUAAGUGCAUUUACAAAGAUACCGGAUUAAAGCCCAUAACCGUGUAUACCUAUGAAGUAGCGGCUUCUACCAAGGGUGGAACAACCAAGAGCAGUAGCUCAAACAUACAGACGCCUGAAAGCACCCCCGAGGGAAUACCCUUACCGCGUUUAACACCUCGUUCUGCGACUGAGAUACAUGCAGAAUGGGAUACCCCGCAAACGCCUAAUGGAGUCAUCAUCAGUUAUGCUUUGAUCGUUGAUGAGCAAGAACACGAUUCUGGUUUGCAGAAAAGCAAAGUUAUUGGGGGACUCAAGCCUUUUACUAAAUACGCUUUUCGAGUCAAGGCAUGCACCAGCAAAGGAUGUGGAAUUGGUGAUCGUGCUUACGCAACGACAUUAGAAGCACCUGCCACAGGRAUUAAUCCUCCAAAGCUGGAGGCUAAGGAAUGGAACGUUAUUAUCAUAUCUUGGGACGAGCCURCAUCACCAAAUGGUAUUAUUACCGAAUAUAAAGUUGAGCGUCGAAAAGGCAGUCAAUCGCCGAUUAUAGUAUGCCUAACGAAGGGUGUGUCCCUUGCUCAAAGGAGCUGUGUGGACAGCCAGAAUAACCUCAAAGGCUUUACUGUAUAUGAUUAUAGGAUUCUGGCCGUCAACAAGGGUGGCACGGGAACUGGAAACUGGAAUAGUGUUCGUACCUUGGAAGGGCCACCAAGAGGGAUAAAACAACCUACGGUAAUCGUUUUCAAUGCUACUGCUGUCACUGCCAAGUGGCAAGCACCGCUCGAGCCAAAUGGUAUAAUCAUGUAUUAUGAGCUUCGGUACCAGACCUUGAACGUGAUUGACGGGAACAUUUCUGUUGCUGGAAGAGUCGAUAACAAUACGUUCACCAUGUCUGUUAAUCUUUUGAAACCAAAUACAGACUAUCAGUUCCUGAUAACAGCCAUUAACAGACGACGUGAAGGUUCCAGUUCAUGGACUACCGCCAAAACACAGGAAGCACCGCCUAGUGACAUCAAAUCCUUACAAGCAGAUCGAUUAAGCGGUGGAMAAUCGUUGCGUCUGUAUUGGGACGUUCCUGGAAGUCCUAAUGGACUUAUCAUUCGGUAUAACAUUUACAAGGAUGACAUUAAAAUAUACGAAGGAAAAACACGAGAGUAUGUUGUGACAAAUUUGACGCCGUAUACAGCGUACGUAUUUUUGCUCGAAGCCUGUACAGCUGCGGGUUGCACCAAAGGAGAUAAGCAGACGAUCUAUUCAGCAGAAGUCAAUCCCACAGGUCAAGCUCCUCCAACAGUUGGGUUCGUUAAUGAUACUGUAGUCACGCUGACUUGGCGACCUCCWGUUGUUCCAAAUGGUGUUAUUAAAAGAUUUAGUGUCGUUCGAUCGUCAGCGUCUCUUCAAGCCAGACGUCGACGCUCAGUUAAUGAAGUCAUCGUGUACUCAACUAAUAAAACCAAUGCAAGUUCRUAUACUUACACAGAUACUGGAUUGUCUCCAUAUACCAGAUAUAGGUAUAAGAUUCGAGCUGUUAACAAUGGUGGUCAAACCGACAGCGAUUGGUUAGUUGUAGAUACACAACAGGCACCCCCAAGUACAGUAGAUCCACCAACUGUUAUAACACUGGGUGCUAAUCAACUCAAUGUUACUUGGAGCAAACCACAGCAACCCAACGGCGUGAUGCAGUACUAUUUAGUCCAUCGUAAUGGAAGUAUAACACACCAGAGCAGCAAGUUCUAUUUUGUUGAUACUGGACUAGAMCCAUAUACAGUAUAUAGCUACACUGUUACUGCAUGUAGUGGUGGAGGAUGUACUAAAAGUCAACCCACAUUAAAACGAACUGAUGAARCAGCGCCUGCACAGCCUCGUCCACCAGUUCUAAMAGCACUGAGUGAUAUKGCYAUUCGCAUUACAUGGAGCACCCCUACCAAACCUAACGGAGUCAUAACUAGUUAUAAAGUGUAUGAAAGCACUUCGCAAAGUCCUGUCUAUACAGGAAUGGACCAGAGCUUUACUGUUAGCAGCAAAAAACCUUACACCGAAUAUACUUUUUACAUUGAGGCUUGCACACGGGUAGGCUGUACAAAAAGUCAGAGUGCUACAGUACGUACUCUUGAAUCAAAGCCGGGACAAAUGGAAGCACCAGUAGCUACCGUAGCUGGUCCACGUCACGUGCGCGUGGAAUGGAAGCCUCCUGCUCAACCAAAUGGUGUUAUUAAGUAUUACAUUCUCACCCGUGAUGGAAGUGUUGUUUACAAUGGUUCUGAUGUUCGCUACGAUGACUACAAUAUUGCACCAUACACUGUAUAUAGCUAUACGGUUACAGCGUACAAUAAGGCUGGAGGUGGUGUGGAAAGUCCAGUUGGACGUAAUGCUCCAACGAACCCGGGAGCACCAGACAAUAUUACGGCACCAGUCUUAACUGUCAUAAGUGCGACAUCCAUACGUGUGUCGUGGACUGCACCAGGAAAGCCUAAUGGAGUAAUAAGCAAGUAUUAUGUACUCUAUGACACCCAAGAAAAGGACGCCUCAUUGGCUAAAGAACUUGUUUUGGUCGGGCUUCAACCGUAUACAGUGUACACAGUACGAAUUAAAGCUUGCACAACAAGUGUCGCCUGUAGCGUAGGUGAGAGUGCACAAGCAAGGACACACGAAGCAGCUCCUCUCUCUCAAGGUUAUCCUGUAUUCCCUAGUGAAUCGAUUAAAGCACGAAGUGUUCUCAUCACAUGGAGUAAGCCCGCGAAGCCUAACGGCUUUAUAAACAAAUACGUUAUAGAGCGAAGACAGGUUUUCCGUCCUUCGGGUGUACAAAUGUCAUAUGGACAGGUUAGUGCCAUUCAUAAUGCAACGAAUGGCACUACGUUAGAGUUUACUGACAAUACUGUUGACCCAUACUCGGAGUAUGAGUAUCGAGUAACGUCAGCUAACAGCGCUGGGUCAACGUCAAGUGGAUGGGCCGUAGUCAAGACUCUCACCGAUGUCCCUGAAAACCUUCCCAAACCGCAAAUAAUUAAAACGUAUUCAGAUAGAUUGGAAGUGCUCAUUAAACAGCCUUCUAAGCCUAACGGUGAAAUCAGGAAUUAUGUCGUAAAAGUAUCGGGGAAAAACAUAUCAUCGGGUAUGGAGUUGUCAAGGGUUGUUAGUAACUUACUACCUUACCAGAACUAUAAAGUCAGCGUGUACGCUUGCACUGACGCUGGCUGUACUGAAAGUCCYCAAGCAGAUGCUAARACAACAGAGGCCGCACCAACGAAUUUCCUUGCUCCUAAAAUAGUGAAAGUGUCAUCAAGAUCGGUAGAGCUUUCCUGGGAUUCCCCUUCAAAACCAAAUGGUGUAAUCAGAAGAUACGAAGCCCUGCAUCGAGUGUCGUGUUCAUCGUCGUGUGAGGUCCCUGAAAAUGGCACUGACGUUGGCCUGAAAACUAGCGCUACAGUUGAAGGACUUGAUCCAUACAUCACUUAUGACUUCAUUAUUCGUGCCUAUAACGACAAAUUCUCUGGCCUUUCAGAGGCAAAAGCAGCCAGGACAUUACCUGAAGAUCCUGUGACUCGGCCCAAUUCUCCGCCACGUGUAAACGUGACAGGUUAUCACGUGACAGUAGACUGGAGCAAAUGCUUUAUUCUCAACGGACCAUUGGAUGGCUACACGUUGCUAGAGAAGGGAAUUGUUGUCUUCUUAGGGGAAAAGACAGCGGCAAAUUUACCCAACAGGGAAAGAGGAGAAUAUACUUAUGAAGUUCUUGCCACAACAAUUGUCAAUGGUCAAAGGAAAACGGCACGAUCUAUUAAAGUUAACGUGGUGGUGCCCAGUGAAGGUGUGGUCGAUCCAGCUCCUACAAGUCAAGCAUCUACGGCUCCAUUCUAUGAGACUAUUUGGUUCAUCGCGGUGAUGGCAUUGGUUGGAAUUCUACUAUUGUUCCUUAUCUUGGCGGUUUGCCUCAGAAGGCGAAGUGGUGAUCGCACAGUCUACGUCAGAGAACGAGAGCCACUUCCACCGAGAACAAAAAUGCGGUCAAGACCCUCAUCAAUGACUAGCCUUUACAGUUCGGCUGAUCAAAAGAGCACGAUAGAUAUGAACACGAUGAGUUAUGGCAGUCAAGURGGUUUGUUUGAUAACAGUGGUCGACUGACACCCAAASCUGACCAUUAUGAUAGCAUGGACCGUUAUGAACGCUACAACCGAUACAAUAAGCACCUUGAUUUGUCCAAUGGAAGUGUUCACAAGCUUGGUCUUGAYGAGAGUUCAGACUGGAAUGAACCACAACAGACCUACAGCAACAAAGAUUCUGGACUGUAUCUAGACGACAAGCCAUCAUAUUCUGACAGUGACAACGAMAGCAUUCCUCGACAAUAUGGCUACAAAAGAGAACAUUACUUCACUGAUACCCAUUUAUAGCCAAAUGUUUAUAGGAAUAUAUAGUAAUAUACAUACUUUGUAUAAAGUGAUUUCAGUAMUCGGUACUUGCUAAGUAGACUUAAAUGGCUGCAAUAUAUUUUUAUCUUUACUUCUCAAGGAUUUAUAGUCAAGUGUAUGAAAGGCAAGCUUUUUUGUCAUACCCUUUCCUUCGCACCCUCCUCGRAAAAAAAUGUGGAAAAUAUAAGGCUGAUUWGUAUGGAUUGCGUUUUCCCACUUCUAUACAAAAUUGCGGCUUCCUCUGUUGGAAUAUAGAAUGUUGUCACUAUUUACGUGGUACAUUUGAUUUGAUUGUGUUCAGUCCUGAAGGUGUGAGAGUAUUCGGUUAGAAAAUAUUGAUUGUGAAAAAAUAUGUAUAAACCAAAGUUUAGCUUUCAAUUGAAUGUAGAAAUAUUUUAAGCAGAAUUUAGGAUAACCAAAAAAUAAAUUUAGACUAAGCAAAGUCAGUUGAGCAUUUUCAGUUGCUUCAUGUAACCCUUUUUCAAACUAAAUCAAAAUGGCGCCCAAAUGAAAAAUCACUGACAUUGUUUAUAUUUACGGAUUGAUUAUCACAGUUGUAAAGUAUUGAUUUUGACUAUUGUAAAAUAUGAUGAAAUAAAAAGAUAUAUAUUUAGAAUU